CACUCGGGAAGGUGCUGAACACACCUGAAGUCACUCGUGUGUAUAUUGGCUCCUUUAACGACAAGCCUGUAAAUGAUGCUGUCAGCGGUCCAAUUGGAAAGGAACUGUUUGAAAAAGAACAGGAAGACCUUCUUUCAGAUCUGAAAGAUAUACCAAAGGCGGCUUGUGAUCGAAGAAUCAAUGAAUUUGUUAAACGAGCCCGAGCAGCCAAGAUACAUGCUUACAUUAUCGGUCAUCUUAAAAAGGAGAUGCCUGCAAUGAUGGGCAAAUCUAAAGCUCAGCAAAAACUCAUUGAUAACUUGGCAGGUGAAUUUGGAAAGGUACAAAGGGAGUUCCAUUUACCUCCUGGUGACUUUCCAAAUGUUGAGCAUUUCAGAGAGAGCUUGCGUGGUUAUAAUAUCGACAAGUUUGAGAAAUUGAAGCCAAAAAUGAUACAAGUAGUUGAUGACAUGCUUGCCUACGACAUUCCUAACCUCUUGAAGAAUUUUAAGAAUCCUUAUGAUUAAAUUUCUUAGCACUUAAUCCAUUGAUGAGUUGAUUUAGUUGCAGUGACAUUUGUAGUAUACUAAUAUUGUGGGUUAUAUCCAGUAAAAAGAAUAAUCUUACGGGUUAUUGAUGUAAUACACCCUGGUCCCUAAUCCCAUCCCAUUUUCUGUAGUAGAGUUUUAAUGUUCAUAUAUGAACUUUGUAUUGUAUUCUUUAUCAGUAUCAUCAGCAACAAAGUUUCAAAAUAAAAAAUAAAGUGAAACCACAAUUAUUUGUCGGGUUAGACAUGUUGGUUUUCUCUAUAAUAUCAGUGAUUUUUGGUUUUUAA